AUGACAUCAAUACGACCACAGACAUGUACGUCCAGUCCUCCCAACGACCAAAUAAAGACAUGCGACAUUGAAAAGCAACGGGAGACCUCUUCUCCAGAUGAGCCACAGAAGAAAGAAUCCAUGUUCUCAAGUCUCGGUAUCCUUGACCGAUUCUUGGCAAUAUGGAUUUUUCUUGCCAUGGCAAUUGGAAUCAUCCUGGGCAACUUUGUCCCAAGCACAGGACCUGCCCUACAAAGGGGGAAAUUUGUGGGAGUCUCUGUCCCCAUUGCUGUGGGUCUUCUGGUCAUGAUGUACCCUAUCUUGUGCAAGAUUCGGUUUGAAUCCCUGCAUCAUGUUUUGCGAGCGAAAGAUAUUUGGAUCCAGAUCGCCUUCAGUAUUUUUCUGAACUGGAUUAUUGCCCCUUUUCUUAUGUUGGCCUUGGCUUGGGCUUUUUUGCCCGACGAGCCAGAAUUGCGACAGGGGCUGAUCAUUGUUGGAUUGGCACGAUGCAUUGCUAUGGUACUAGUUUGGACAGGUCUAGCCGGAGGCGAUAGCGAAUAUUGUGCCAUCCUCGUCGCUCUCAACUCAGUGCUGCAAAUGGUUCUUUUCGCUCCAAUGGGGGUGUUCUUCAUCAGCGUCAUCAGUGGCGAUCCAGUCACAUUCGAAUAUUCAACGGCUGCUAAAAGUGUUGCGGUGUUUCUCGGAAUACCUCUAGGGGCCGCAAUCGUCACGCGGUUCGUGCUCCGACGAAUUUCUGCCAAAUGGUACGAUGAAACCUUCCUCAAAUGGAUCAGUCCCUGGUCUCUCAUCGGCCUGCUAUUCACCAUCCUUGUCUUAUUCGCCUCGCAAGGCCGCCAUGUGGUCCACCAAAUUGUAUCCGUGGUCCGAGUUGCAGCACCACUUAUCGUUUAUUUCCUGAUAAUCUUCUUUGUGACCCUCCUUGUUGCAUAUAAAUUGGGAUUCGGAUACAGGCUGGCGACUGUGCAGAGCUUCACAGCUGCUAGCAACAAUUUUGAAUUGGCCAUUGCUGUUGCAGUGGCGAUGUUUGGUGCGGAUAGUAACCAGGCUCUUGCUGCGACUGUUGGGCCUCUGAUCGAGGUUCCUGUGCUAUUAGGAUUGGUAUAUGCUGUCAAAUUGAUAGCUAGACGAGUUAGUUGGAAUGAUUAA